AUGCCUUUUGAACAUUGUAUAGAAGAGAAGUGGUUCCAGUUCUUUCUUGAAUCAGGUUUACCAAAGAAUGUAUGUUCUAUGUAUGCAGCAUCAUUUGUUCGUAAUCGUUUACAAUGUGAACAUUUAUUACAAUUGGGAAAAAAUGACUUAGUUGCAUUAGGUGUUGAUGCUAUUGGUGAUCAAAUUUGUAUCUUAAAACAUAUAAAAGAUACUGCUGGUAGACCAAAACAAUUUGUUGAAUCAAAAAUUACAUAUAAAGGAAAUAGUAAUGGUAUUGAAAAAAAUUCUUCUCUUGGUUUGGAAUGUGUUGCACCACCAAUAUUUUCCUCUCGUAUUAGUAAUAAAAAAAUGGGAACAAAUAAGAAUGAGGAAAGAAAUGAAUUUAAUAAAAGAAGUAAAAGUUUUUCAAGAAGUGUAUCUCAGGAACAUAAACGAGGCAAUAGUAAUGUAAAGAAUUCAUCAAUCCUUGAUAGAGUUACAUUAAAAGGGAUUGGUAAAACAAAAAGUGGUGGGGUGAAAGGUAAAAAGUCAUCGAUACUAGAUCGUGUUUCUAUAGGUGGAAUUAAUAAAAAAACUGUUUCAAAGUCACCUAAACGAUCCAAUAUUUUGGAUAGAGUUACAUUAAAAUGA